UGGUUACACGAGUACUGAUCUGUUUGUUUCUCGCAGUGACUGCCACAAACACGACCAAUAAGUAGUGUAUGUCGCCAUUAAUACAGACAGACUGAAUGGCUAAGUGAUAAGUUUCUACUCCUUUCCGCAUCUUGUUGACUAGAAGCCGCUUCCUAACUGAAACAAGAUGUCCAGACGCUUGGCUGCCAACAUAAAAAAUGACCACCUGGCCUGUCCAAUCUGUCAGGAGACUUUCACCGACCCUCGCCGCUUACCAUGCGAUCACACUUUCUGCUUUUCCUGCUUAAAACAAUUAAUCAAAGCAUCGCGUAAAAACAACACUAUUCGUUGUCCUAUUGACCGGAAGGAAACGCAUGCACCGUUUGCGAAUGCGUCCGAUUAUCAUUGGGCCGAGUCUUUUCCGAAGGACGAAUUGGCGUUAUCUCUUCUACAAACUGUACAGGGUGAGGGCGCCGAGACGACAUCCGGGAUAGUAUGUCGGGAACAUGGGGGAGAAACAUGUGGCUAUUUCUGUUUCGGAUGUUAUGAAUUCGCAUGUUCUGAAUGUGUGUUGGAAAGUCACAAACAAGAUGACUGUGAUUGUAGAACACUAAAGAAGAGCAAAGAACUGUCGAAAGAACUUUUCAAAGAUCGUAAGACCGAGUUAGAUGAACUUCUAAAAACCAUCGAUCGGAUGGAGAUACACGGUAAAGUCCACGAGCGAUCGCUAAGGACCUCUGAAGUAAGAGUUUCUGACAGUCUGCACCUAAUAGCCGCACAGAUAGAAAAGUUCCGAGAUUCAACAAUAUCCAAGUUGAUCAAUAUGCUAACACAAAUCGAGAAUGUCAGUGUGACAAAGAAUAAGAUUGAUCAGGCAAAAAUGGUGAAGGAGAAGAUAAAGAUCUACCGGAAACAAGUGGACUACGUGCACCAGAAGACCGAUGUGAGAGAAAUCCUAACCUCGCUACAGGUUCUUCGGAAGAGGAUUCACGAGUUUACAGAGGAUGUCUGCUCACUAGAAACUUCCGCAGAUUCAGUCGAACUUCACCUCCAGAUACAUCCAGAACUGGUCAACAUUUGUCAAAGACUAGGUAAAUAUAGCUCAGAAAUAGGCAAGCUACAAGUAACUACAGUACAAGAAGGCUUGCAGUUGUAUGAGGAAUCACAAGCUGACAUUAACGGAAAGAAAAUAUCAUUUGAUGUUGAUAUUUCUGGUCACGACGCCUCAACAUUUGAAUGUCUGUUAGAAUUAAACGUAUCGGAGGGCAAUGCUAGAGACGAUCGGACGAAACAGUCUUCUUUCAGUGACGUCGUUCUCAUCUCCCAUUCUCUUUUUGGUGUUGACCAGAACAACAUGAAGAUUUUGAGAUUUACAGACAGAGGGGAACCGAUUUCUUCCAUAAAACUGAACUCCGCUUACAGCAUCUCUGUUAUCCCUGGCACCGAUGACGUUGUCGUGACACAGCCUGGUUGCCAGCGUGUUACCGUCCUGUCGACACACAAAGGAUUGGAUGUUAAGGAAACGAUCCCCGUCCACCAGGCAUAUUACAAAAUUUCUGCCAUAACUGAAACCAAAUUUGCAGUAGUAUGUGAGAAUUCGUCAUCUGACAACCGAGAAAAACAGAAAGAAACCAUUAAAACCAAAGGCAAGAUGGCGACGUCAGUUCCUGAAUCCAUGUCCUCAUGGUUUGUGCACGUUAUCGAUAGACAGGGUCACGUGGUACUGAAGGUUAGUGACGACACUGUCUGUAAACCUAGCGUGUAUGGACCGCCGUAUAUAAAGCCUCUAAAGCAACUUGCUGUGACGUCAUCAGGGGAUAUCGUUGUCAGCGUAGAAACACGAGACCAUUCAUUUCUCUCUUGUUUGUCACAGGGAGGAAAGGUAAACUGGACAUACGAACCAGUUGGCAAACCGGAAGGAAUAUUCUGCAGGGACGGGAUUCUGUUUGUUUUUCUGGGAGACUCCCGAACACUAUUAACGAUGACGGAAGAUGGUCAUCUGCUACCGAGGUGUAGCAUUAAGCUGCAGCACUAUCAACAGAGUGGUCACGCUAUUUUUGUCGGACAAGAUAUCGUAGCUGUGACAGAUCUUAGUGACAGUAUCAACCUAUUUAAGAUUGACAAAUCAAACAUCAGCCUGCGCCGAUAGAUCGUCAGCCAUCCGCCACUAGGUCGUGAGCUCGAGACCUACAAGCCACUUUUCGGAGGUCGUUUUUUUUUCUCUCCGGGUACUCCGGUUUUCCUUCACAACUAAAACCUGGCUCCUCCUUACAUGACCAGAGCUGUUAAAAGGACAUAAAUUAAAACUAAACCAAACAGCGCCGGUAGUUUGAGAUCUGAAUAAAACUCAUCAUCAUCAAGUGUACUAAUAUAUAUGUGUGUACAAAGUACUGCUAGAUUCAGUCGUUUAUCAGUGGUUGUGAAACUUUUCGGUAAAUGUCAUAAAGGAUUGAUCGGCCUUUUUGACAUUCUUUCCAGGCUCCGUUAUAAACACAUGUGUAUCUGGGAGAGGAAAACGAGUCAAGAAACGAUCUUUUAUACUCGGAUGGUUUUAGACCGAGUGGUACAUAAAUAGGAGACUGACUGUUUCUGCAAUUAGAGUUAUAUGUUGUCUUAUUGAUUUCUAAGAUAAAUUAUCAUUCCCUAAAUUUCUAUUUUAUCCGAGUAUACAUUCAAUACAAUUAUAUCCAUGCCGUUUCCUUUUGGUACAUUUCGUGAGCAAAUGAUUCGUUUAAGGUUUAUUCAAAUAGGUUUCCUGUGUUAGCGAUAUUUUUUUGUUUUUAUAUUU